CACACAGAGAGAGAGAGAGAUCAUGGGCAGGGAAGAGAGCAAGAGCUGCAAGAUACUAGUGAUUGGGGCAACUGGGUAUCUGGGUAAAUACAUGGUUAAGGCUAGUGUAUCCAUGGGUCAUCCAACCUUUGUGUAUGUACGGCCAUUAUCACCCACUUCAAGCCGUUCCAAGCAAGAGAUGCACCAAGAGUUUCAAUCCAUGGGAGUUACCAUCUUCCAAGGUGAAUUGGAUGAUCAUGAGAAGCUGGUAUCCAUUUUUAAGCAAGUAGAUGUCGUGAUCUCUACACUUGCAGUUCCUCAACACCUUGACCAACUCAAACUCAUCAACGCCAUGAAGGAAGCUGGUAACAUAAAGAGGUUUCUUCCCUCAGAAUUUGGCAAUGAAGCAGACAGGGUGGGAACAACACUUCCACCAUUCCAAAAGCUCUUGGAUAACAAGAAGAAGAUAAGAAGAGCCACAGAAGAAGCUGGGAUUCCAUACACCUAUGUGGCAGCAAACUCACUUGCUGCAUACUUCAUAGAUUUGAUAGUCCAUCCUCAUGAUGAGCUCAAAGAGGAAGUUACUGUAUUUGGCAAUGGUGAAGCUAAGGUGGUACUGAAUUUCGAAGAAGAUGUUUCGAAUUACACAAUCAAAGCCUCAAUCGACCCAAGAACAUUAAAUAAAGUCAUCAUUCUUAGGCCACCAGGGAAUAUCAUAUCUCAAUUGGAUUUAAUUUCCUUGUGGGAGAUUAAAUCAACAAGAAAGGUGAUAAAGGUUCAUUUCCCUGAGGAAGAAAUUGUGAAGCUCUCUCAAAUUCUACCUCAUCCAGACAAUGUACGCUUAUCCAUUGUUCAUAAUAUCUUCGUAAAGGGUGAGCAGAUGAGAUAUGACCUUGGGGAGGAUGAUUUGGAAGCUUCCAAGUUAUACCCAGAUUAUGAAUACAUGUCGAUUGAUCGUCUUCUUGAUAUAUGUGUGGUUGAUGCCCUUAUUCCCAAGCUCUCUGUAUUUUGAAUAUCUGAUGGAUCAC